AUGAUGGCUGGCGCCCAGGCGGGGUUGCCCAGUCCAUUCCUGGAGCCACAGGUUGUGCCAGGCCCAGACUCAGACUCUGACUCAGACUCGGAGGAUCCAGGCUCUGGCAGCGGCAGGUCAGGCUCUGGCUUUCUGAAUCCAUCUCAGGUCAUCCACAGCGGCCACUUCAUGGUGUCCUCUCCGCACAGUGACUCAAUGCCCCGACGGCGCCACCACCGGGCCGAGUCAGAGGCUGCUGAUCCCCGGAGCAUCGACCCCACCCUUACCCGGCUCUUUGAGUGCAUGAGCCUGGCAUACAGUGGCAAGCUGGUAUCUCCAAAGUGGAAGAAUUUCAAGGGUCUGAGGUUGCUUUGCCGAGAUAAAAUCCGCCUCAAUAAUGCCAUCUGGAGAGCCUGGUAUAUUCAGUAUGUGGAGCGGAGGAAGAACCCUGUGUGCGGGUUUGUGACUCCCCUGGAGGGCUCUGAGGCUGAUGAGCACCGAAAACCAGAGGCUGUUGUGCUGGAAGGGAAUUACUGGAAGCGCCGGAUUGAGGUGGUGAUGAAGGAGUAUCACAAGUGGAGGAUUUACUACAAGAAACGGCUCCGAAAGUCCAGCCGGGAGGGGGAGCUCUUCAGUCCUAAGCAGGAUGAGGGUGCCUGGAAGCCAACAGAGAAAUGGUGCAACCAGCUAUUCUCCAAUGUGGUACCCAUGCUGCUGGGGGAUGAAGAGGAGGAGGCUGAAGGGCGGCAGCACUUUGACCUGGACAGCUUUCUCUCGGACAUCUCGGACACACUCUUCACCAUGACACAGACCCCCAGCUCCCACCAGAUGCUCCCAGAGGACGCCUACACUGGCAAUGCUGACAUGAUCCAGCCUGGCUUGACCCCACUGCAGCCCAAUCUGGAUGAUUUCAUGGAAAUCUCAGAUCUCUUCUCUAGCCACCGCCCACUGCUUUCGCAGAUGCAGCUGGGCUACCAGGAACAGCCUUGCUUUACAACAAUUGGUGAAACUCUGUACAGCAGCAGCAGUGCUCUGGCUACCACCAAUGCCAACAUGAUGAUGCCCCCCAGGGUCCUGCCUGCCAGCCAUGUGGAUGCCCCCAUCUCACCCAAUGGCCUUCUCCAGUCCAGCAGCAACUGCACCUCCCAGCUCGGCCUGCACAGCUCCUUCCUCAGCUCCAACUUCCAUCCAGCACCUCUGCCCCUGGAUUCCUCCAGCGGGAGUCACAGCAGCCUGGGCACUGACCUCAAGCCUAAACCCCUGUUCCAGUACGGGUUCCCCAGCAAGUGCCUCAGCAUGGAGCCCUUCAGCCCUCCCUACUCCACCCCAGCAUCCCCACUCCAUGCACCUCUGCUGGGCCACGACCCCCUGUACCCGCCUGCGUCAACACCAAGGUCCAAGUUCCAUUACUCUGGCUCCACUGGUGGCUCCUCGCUCAUCCCCCACCCAUCCUCAUCUCUCUCCGUGCCAUGCUUCACUCAGCAUGGACCAGGCCUAGGCUACACCAUGGAUCUCCUGCCCACAGGAUACUCCACUCUGUCCAGUGCCCCGCAUCUUCCCCCUGUGAUGCUGAGUGGCCCCAGGUUUGCCCCCCACAAGGGGCAGGCCCAGAGUGGGGGCAACCAGCUAAAGGGGAAGCCAGAGAACACCAAGACAAAGAAAGCCACAGCGCUCCCAGUGCCUCCGCUCCUGACAGCACCCAACCCCUGCCUGACCCAGCUCCUCACUGCAGCUAAACAAGAGCCAGCUCUGGACCCGUCAUGCACUUCCAGCUCUGGGCUCAUCCCCACGUCACCGCAAGCUGCCAUUUCUGAAGGCCCCACUAGCUUCCUGUCCAGAAUGGUCCAGCUGAGUCCAGGUCUUUCUCCAGGCUCCAGUCCCUCCCAAUCUGUCCCUGUCACACUGGCUGGUGCCCAGGCAGGCUCCCUGCUCAUCCCCAAGGCAGAGCGACUGUCCCCCACAAUGGCAUGUGGCAGUGACUGGCCAAAGCCUGGGCGAGCCUCCCCAGUGCUGACUGCAGGACUGAGCCCUGGGAUCUUACCACAUCACAGUAUGCCCAGCCGGAGUAGGCCAGAGUCUAGCAAGACUGAGAGCCGCCGUAUCACACACAUCUCUGCUGAGCAGAAGAGACGCUUCAACAUCAAGCUGGGCUUUGACACACUGCACAGCCUGGUGAGCACCCUAAGUGCCCAGCCCAGCAUCAAGGUCAGCAAGGCCACUACACUGCAGAAGACGGCGGAGUAUAUCUGCAAACUGCAACAAGAGAGGGCUGCCCUGCAGGACGAGGCACAGCGGCUACGAGAGCAGAUCGAGGAGCUCAAUGCUGCAAUCAACCUGUGCCAGCAGCAGCUGCCUGCCACAGGGGUGCCCAUCACCCGCCAGCGCUUUGACCAGAUGCGCAGCAUGUUUGAUGAGUAUGUCCGCUCCUCCACCCUGCAGAACUGGAAGUUCUGGAUUUUCAGCAUCAUCAUUCGGCCUCUCUUUGAGUCCUUCAAUGGCAUGGUCUCCACAGCUAGUAUGGACAGCCUUACCCAUACAUCUCUCGCUUGGUUGGACCAGUACUGUUCCCUCCCCACGCUUCGACCUACUGUCCUGAGCUCUCUACGUGAGCUAAGCAUUUCCACCUCCAUCCUGACAGACCCUGCAUGUAUACCAGAGCAGGCUACCCAGGCAGUGACCGGGGCCAACCCCAGCAACAGCUCAUCCUAGUUACACAGCAGGGGACUUCACAGCCUAGAACAGCGUUGGCAAGAUGAUUCACUCUUGCAGAACAACCCCUGGCCUUCAGCAGGGAGGGUGGAAGUCCUGCCAACUAAGAGGAGCAUGGAAACCCCUCAAGGGGAGAGCACCUUCUACAGCUUCCCACUUGGCUAUGAGUCAGCAGCUGAUGACUAUGGUAGGAAGCCAUUUGGGCAGCCCUGGAUCUCUCUAGGAAGGAUUUGAGCCUUCACUCUCCUUGCAGCCUCAUCUUCUGAAGCAAUACAUGAAAUCUGGCACCACGGGCACUGCGAAAUGGAGACUAGGAGAGCUGCAGGAGAACCAGCACAAGUCAGUGAAACUUCAACCCCUAUCUGCCAAGAAACAGGAGUCACCAAUGACAAGUCUGGUAUUGGAAACUCUGUGUUCCUAUGGAAAGAAUUGUACCUCAAAAGAUGGUCAGUUCUCAGCAUCCAAGCCUUCUACAGCAGAUGCAGCUAUCUUCAGUUUGUGUUCAGCCCUAGGCUCUGCAUAACCAGCUCUCUCCAGACUCUGAGUAUUUUUGAUUGUCAUCUGUGGCCAUGGAGAAAGGGCUCCUACAGCAAAAAUGUUAAUGUCCGCAAUAGUCUGGAAUACUUACUUAGGCUACUGCAUAUCAAAUCCUAAGCAGUAGUUGUUCUGUUCACAUCUCAGGUGCAAUCCCCAUGCUCUUUGAGUCUCAUUCAAACUCAGAAGCUGGCUUCUGGAGUGAAGAAUACUGUACAGACUCAAAACAGUCUCCCUUUCAUAUUGUUUCUGUGUUCAGUUGAAUGAUCAGGCUGCUCAGUAAUGUCUCCUGUUGUAUUUUGUUGCUCUAUUCCCUACAUUAUGUGAAAUAUGUUUUCUUGCCCCUCAUCUUUGGACCAGCUGCUGGACUUCCCCUUCAUGACAGUAUCCCAAACAAACAUUCUCUGUUAGUUUGGGAAGUUCUUGAAUGCAGAAGUUUUCCUAUGAGCCAAUAUAGGAUGCCACAUGCUAAGCCUGUUUCUGUAUGCAAGGACAGUUUCUGUGUGAUAAACAGACUGUUUUUUUUCACCUUAUACAAUGUGGUUUUUAAUAUCUCUCACCUGAAGAACAAAUCAUUCCCCUCAGAUCAGUAUGUGAAAUGGUCUCCUUUUACCUAAAACAUGUGCUGAAGGACUCAUUCCUCUCCUGCAGGGGUAGGCAACCUUUUCUGACUGUGGGCCAGAAUGACAUGCCCUAGGUCUGAGUUAAUAAGGUGGGUGCUACCUGCCACUGUUGCUUGUCUUACGUCGGGGGUGGGGGGAGGCAGAAGGGAAGGGAGAGUGCCUGCAGGCAGCACUUCUUCCUUUGGUGGUAUGGGGAAAACAGCCAGGGCCUGUGUUCGUCCUCACUGUGGCAUGAGAAGCACACCAGCAAAGACACACCUGCCACCAAGUGCCACCAAAGCCCUGAAUCUGCAGGCUAGAUCCAAAGGUUCUGGGGGCCAGAUCUGGCCUGUGGGCCAUAGGUUGCCAACCCCUGCCCUACUGGGUUCUGUAUUAAUCAUGUCAUAAGCAGAACACAUUAUGUAAAUGGAUGGUUUGAAAAGACAAACUCCACACCAGAGGUGCAGGAACUGUAAGGGGCAUUGCUCACUGGGGGAAAAAAACCUCUCGUGUUAUACAGUUGCAGAGAAAGUGCCAUAAAGAACUAUGGAGAACUAUCACCACCUUGGGAGGGGAGGAGAUAGGAGCCCUAUGCACAUGGGUACAACAAGGGCAAUCCCUGACCACAGGGGUGACACCUCCCCAUAGUGCCACCCCUGUACCUGCCUCUAUGCCUUUCCCUUCACUUGUCUCCAGCCUCCUCUCCACAACUUCUGUGCUCUCCCAGUCCAUGCUGGAGCCCUAAGGGCUCCUUGUUCUUCCCAGUCCUGGAACCUAGGAUUGAUAGACAGUGUUAAAUCCUCCUCCCAGGGACUAGGGCCCAGUCUGCAUGGGGCUUCUGCAACAACCACUGAGAGCUGGCCAGAGCUGGUGGAGCCAGAAGACAGGAUGUGACAGGCUGAGCUGUGGUCAACACAGAGGCCUUGUAGAAAGAGCCCUGCCCUGGGCAUGGAGGCUGUGGGCUCUGUGCCUGACUCCAUGGCCAGUCACAUCAUUGCAUGCCUUGGUUUCCCUGUCUCUAUAUGGGGAAUAAAGACACUAACCUCCUGAGCUUUUUAUGCUGGAUGGAGAGAGGCCACCUUGCCAGGGGUGGCACUCCCUCAGUUCAAGAAUUAUCUCUACCAUGGCUGAUUGAUGGGUUUUGAGGUGACUUAAGAGCCAAUCCCUGAACCGCAGAUCCAUCCACAGAAGUUGCAGGUCAUUCCACAGGGGAGAAAAGCCAUAGGCUGGGAAUUCUCUCCUCUUCCUUCCUCCCCUUUCUCUUCUCUGCUUCAAGGGCAAGACACUUUACCUCAAAGUGGGCUGCCACUUGGUUGAGGUUGAAGUGCUAUUGAAGUCAGUUAGCAGUCAGCUCCUCCGAGCUCUUGAUGUCAGCAUCCAUUUUCUUGAGAUAUGCCUUCAAUGUGUACUUGUAGCAUUUCCUGUAGCUGCCAUGAGAUUUCAGGCUGCAGGUAAGCUGGCAGUAGAGCGCUUGUUUGGGGAGCCAAGAGUUGGUCAUCCGAACACAAUGUCCAGUCCAGUGAAGUUGGUGCUGGAGGAUCCUCAAUGCAAUGCUGGUAACAUUGGCAUCCUGAAGGAUGAUGGCAUUUGUGUGGCGAUCUUCCCAUCUGAUGUGAAAGAUUUUCUGGAGGCAUUGUUAGUGAUACCUCCCCAGGCUCUUAAGAUGACAAUGUUAGGUCACCCAUGAUUCAAAUCUGUAGAGAGUGGAGAUGAUGACUGCAUUGUAGACCUGAAUCUUGGUGUCUUUCUGGAGCUUAUGAUCAGUAAAAGCAUGCUGAAACAAUUUCCUGAAGGAAGCACUUAGGCACUGGGCCCUAUGCUAGUUUUCCUCAUCAAUGUUCUCUCUCUGAAAAAGAUGUCUAUCAAAGUAAGGGCAGGGCUUGAUUACCUCCGGGUUCUUCCCCUCACUGGUAAUUUGUGGAGGCAGGGGUCACAUUUAUGGCUGGGAGCAGGUUGACAGAGCACUUCAGUCUUCUUGAUGGUGAAAGAGGCCCAAAGUUCAGAAGGCUUCUGCAAAGAGAUCCAGCAUGGUUUGGAGGUUUUCCUCAGUGUGCGCAAGGAUGGUGUAGUCAGCAUAUUGAAGGUCAAGGAUAGUUGUUUUGAAUACUUUGUUCUUCAAGCAAAAACAUCCCAGAUUGAAAAGUCCUCCAUCGACUGGGUAUUCGUUGUUGAUUGGGGAAGACAGGUGGUCCUUAGCAAGAACCAGGAUGAUAGUAAAAAAAAAGAACAGAAUUGGGGCGGUGAUACAUCCUCGCUUGACCCAUUUGUAUGACAAAUGGAUCUGUCUCUGAUCCUCUACAAAGAACAGUUGCAGUCAUCUGGUUAUGGAAAAGCCUCAGAACCUUGAUGUAUUUUACAGGGCAUCCAAAACCCGCCAGUACUUUUCACAAGGCUCAGUGAUCAAUGGAGUCUAAGGUCUUAGUCAGAUCAAUGAAGGCCACAUACAGGUCCUGGUGGUGUUCCCAACAUGUUUUUUAGACCUGACAGGCAACAAAGAUUAAGUCAAUUGCUCUGCAAUCACACGAAAGUGGGACUAUAGAAGAUUGGACCAUAGAUGGUUUUUGUUGUCUGGAAGAAAACAUGUAUGUCAUGUUUCUCAGCAUAGAGCUGAAUCUCCGUGGCUUUAUCUUGCCACUACUGGUUUUUGAUUUCCCAGAUCCUCUUUGAACUUGGGCUUUGAAGUGGUGAUGUCUCCUUCUACUGGGAUGAGGUGUUAUCUUGCCAGUUAGAAUGAGCCCUUCUCUUCUGGUUGAGGAGGGCUUGGAUCUCAGUCACUCUCCUCAAACCAGUCUUGGUGGCAAUCAAUGGUAUAGACAAUACAUUCAGCACAGGCCAUAUGGACGGUGUUUUUAAACCCCUUCCAGGGUUCCUUAAUUUUGCCUUCAGUUAUGGGCAGGGCAGAGCUUUUUGUGAAGACAUUGGAGAUGCUUACAGCCCUUUGGGUCUGGAGUUGUGUGUGCAGUUCUGGGCUCCACAUUUUAAAAAGGACAUGGAGAAGAUGAUAAAGGGCUUGGAAAGCAAGUCAUAUGAGGAGAGGCUGAAAGGUAGGCAUAUUCCACUUCCGUAAAAGGUGCUUAGGAGGGGACAUCAUAGCAAUCUUCAAAUACCUGAAGGGCUGUCAUAAAGAGGGAGAACACUUUUUUUCUCUUGCUGCA